ACAAGGUCAUACAACUGAGUCGCCUUCCUGUCAUAGACUUGUCAUCGCCUGAUCGCUCUGCAAAUGCUCGAGCGAUCACUAAAGCAAUGGAAACAGUUGGAUUCAUUCUUUUGGACAACGUAACAGGUUUCAACGAGUCCGCACUGCAAGAAGUCACCGAGUGGCUGUUCAACAUGCCGCAAGAACGCAAGCUCCGACUCGCAAGAAAGAAAUGGAACAAAGACUCUAGAAACAACUACAGAGGCUACUUCCCUGUCGACGUUACAGCAGUGUCUCACAAGGAAGGCUACGAAUUUGGACCAGAAAUGGCAUCACGUGAUCCUUACAUACAAACGGCCUAUCCCUUUUGUGAACCUAAUGUGUGGCCAGAGCAAGAAGACGGAGAAGAUGAAAAAGUUUUCAUUAAAUUUAGCGAGACAGUGAAAGGUCAUUAUGUCAGUUUGUUUAAUGCAGCCAUCGAGUUUACUCGUCUCUUAGCUUUGGGUCUUGGGCUAAGUGAGAACUACUUUGAUCAACUAUACAUCCCAAAGACUCUUUCUACUUUUCGUCUCCUCCAUUAUCCUCUACGUCAGGAUGCUAUACCAGCCACUGCUGUUUGUGAUGAUGGCACUGUUCUCUGCUGUGAUGCUCACGUCGAUUCUGGCAUGUUCACUCUUCUGACAACAUUCAAUAAUCCUGGCUUGCAGAUUCGAAUGAAGAAUGGCACGUGGAUGCCUGUGGAAUCUCAUACGGGUACUCUGAUUGCAAACAUGGGCAAGAUGAUGGCAGAAAUGUCGGGAGAUCGAAUCAAAGCAGUCGAACAUUGAGUUGCUGUAACUGAGCCAAGAGAGAGAUUUUCAUGUGCUUUCUUUCUGGAGCCUGGUUACAAUGCACACGUUCCACUCUCACUUCCAAUCGGUUAUAAGGACGAAACAGCGAGUCAACAAACAGUGCCAUUCUUUGAAUAUGGUCCAUAUCUUGCUGAGAGGAUUAAGAAUUUUGUAGAAUAUGCAGAUGACUGAUUGACUGUAGCUCAUGUGCCUGGGAUAUUAUUUUUAUAUUCGUAUUGACUAGGGCAGAAAAAGUCAAUGCAAUAUUUUAUCACAAUGUCUAGGAGACUCAUACAC